GGAGAAUACAAAUUGUCCACUCUUCAGACCGGAGAUGGCAGGAUAGAUGUAUUUUGCUUAAUAAUGUUGUUGUUUUUUACGAAAAAUGUGCUUCAUGUGCAAAAUAAUUUGAUAUUACUGUUUGCAGGAUCGAACCCUAUCAUCACGUCAAGGAACAUAAAUAAUGUAAUCGUUUUCUACACGGAGCUCUUUUAUCGCAACACCAGCGUCUACACAUGUCAACAACGCACUAGUCUAUGGCAGAACUGUGGUCAGCUAUCUCUGCUGCUUUGCCUGUGACGGAGGCAGAAUUUCCACUUGACUUCAGUGAAAAAGUUGAGCCCAGUGUGGUGGAUGUGCUGAAACGUUGCAGGCAGCAGCUGUACACCAGGAGCGGUCGAUGGAGGCAAAACGCUCAGAUAAUCUUGGACUUUUCCUGGGAGAAGCUCAACACAGGAACGUGGCGUGAUGUGGACAAGGAGUGGAGGUGUUUGUAUUCAUAUGGCUGCCUGUUCAAAGUAGCUGCCCUAUGCCGUGAUGAUGCCUCACCAGCUACAGUGCAGGAGGCCAUACGGACAUGUGACUUGGGCCUGCUCAUGGGGGCAGCCAUCAUGGACAAUAUUUUACAAACCAUUGUAAGGAUCCUGCAAAAUGAAAUCGGGAAGAGGCACUCCAAUGAGGAGGAUCCUAGUGAAGGAGUUAGUGCCAAGAAAAUGAAGGUUGACUGUGUGUCAGUGCCUGUGGUCAAGCAGGCUCUGGCAGUACCAAGGAUACAUUGUCCAUCAUUGGAGAGCUUCAAGAAAGAUUACUUGGACCCCCAAAAGCCAGUCAUAUUAGAGGGUAUCAUAGAUCACUGGCCAGCCUUCAAAAACCACCCUUGGAGCAUAGAAUACCUGCAAACUGUUGCUGGUUGUCGGACUGUACCUGUUGAAGUAGGCUCAAGAUAUACCGAUGAGGAAUGGUCACAGACACUCCUUACGGUCAAUGAAUUCAUUGAGCGCUAUAUUGUUGUGAAAGACACAUCAAGUUUGGGAUAUCUUGCUCAGCACCAGCUAUUUGAUCAGGUCCCCGAGCUGAAAGACGACAUCCGUAUCCCUGACUACUGUUGUCUUGGUGAGGGAGAUGAAGAUGACAUCACAAUCAAUGCUUGGUUUGGGCCAGGAGGUACAGUGUCCCCCCUUCAUCAGGAUCCUCAACAGAACUUCCUGGCUCAGGUGGUUGGGAGAAAGUACAUUCGUCUGUAUUCCCCUGAGGACACUGAGAAACUCUACCCUCACCAAUUGCAGCUCCUACACAACACUAGUCAGGUGGAGGUGGAGAGCCCAGACGUGGUACGAUUCCCAGAGUUUGUGAAGGCUCCCUACCUAGAGUGUGUGUUGCAGCCUGGGGAGGUCUUGUUCAUCCCAGUCAAGCACUGGCAUUACGUGCGUUCUUUGGAGCUCAGCUUUUCUGUGAGCUUCUGGUGGUCAUGACCCAUGAUGAGGGAUCCAGAUUCAGGUUGUUUUUAGUCAGAAUUUUAGUUAUUGCAGUAGUCUUGUAAAAUACAAGUCCUGUGCUCACAUAUGUUGUGACUUAGGUCUGAAUGUUAUUUUCUUAAACAAUCAUUAACA